UGCGAGUGCGAACAGGGGUUGCAGCUGGCGGAGGCAGAAAGGAGACAAAACCCAAGUUGAUUUGUUCCCUCUUUUCAAUCCGGCGCUCACCAUGGCUUGCAAGACAGAUCCGGUGCCGGGAUCCGGGUGUUCUCUAUACACCAGUUUGUGGGAUUUUGAAGCCCGAACCGAAACGGAGCUGACUUUCCAAGCAGGGGACCUGUUCCAAGUGAUUCAGAAGACUGGGGAGUGGUGUUGGGCCAAGCAGGUGGAUGCUCUGGGGGGAAUAUGCGAGGAAGGCUACGUUCCCUACAGCUACCUCGCCAAGAAAGAGACGGUAGAGACGGAGCCAUGGUUUUUUGGGCAAAUCUCCCGCUCGGAAGCCGUGCUUCGGCUGUUGUCGGAAAAGAAUAAAUCUGGUGCUUUCCUGGUUCGUAUCAGUGAGAAACUUGGAGCGGAUUUCGUACUUUCAGUCCGCGAUGGCCUCCGGACCAGACAUUACAAGAUCUUGCGAAACGGCGAGGGGAAAUUCUACAUGAACGGGACGAGGACGUUCCCCGACCUGCUCACCCUGGUGACGUGUUACAAAGAAAAGGGUCUUACUCACGGCUUGAAACUUCUGGCUCCCUGCUACAAGCCCGAGCCAAAGGCCAUGCCCCACUGGGACGAUUGGGAGAGAGCCAAAGACGAAUUCCGUCUGAUCCGGAAGUUGGACUCCGGCUCCUUUGGAGACGUCUACGAGGGACUUUGGAAAGAGAAAGUGAAAGUUGCUAUCAAGGUGUUACAGAGAGCCGAUCUGAUGUGCCAGGACACCUUCAAAAACGAGAUCGAUGCCCUAAGGCUGUUGAAGCACAAAAAUAUCCUCUCCCUCUACGCCAUCUGCUCGGCUGGGGAUCCAGUCUACAUCAUCACUGAACUCAUGAGCAAAGGGAGCCUGCUCACUUUCCUGAGAGGUCCCGAGGGGAAACAGAUGGAGAUGGUGGAGCUGGUCUGCUUGGCUUCCCAGGUGGCCGAGGGGAUGAGCUACCUGGAAUCGCAGAAUUUCAUCCAUCGGGAUUUGGCUGCCCGGAACGUCCUGGUGGGAGAAAACAACAUCUGCAAAGUGGGAGAUUUUGGGAUGGCCAGGCUGAUCGAGGAAGAUAUUUACCUCUCUUACUCAAACAGCUUUCCCUACAAAUGGACCGCGCCGGAAGGCCUUUCCUGCGGAUGCUACUCCAUCAAAUCUGACGUGUGGUCCUUCGGCAUCCUCCUUUAUGAAAUCAUGACUCGCGGGCAGAACCCGUAUCCAGGCAUGAGUAACUUGGAGGUCUCCACCAAGGUUCAAAACGGCUUCCAGAUGCACCGCCCGCCCAGGUGCCCCCCUGUCAUGUACUCCAUCAUGUGCAAAUGCUGGAGCCUGGAUCCCAACCAAAGACCGGACUUCCGGAACAUCAGAGAACUCCUCCAGAAUUUCACCAGCUACGAGAACUUUGAAGCCCUCUCUUAAGCUGCCCUUCAAUCAUUGGGGGAGAAGUUGUACCCCAACACACAGUCACCUGAGUAUCAGGGGUAGAGGAGCACAUCAAGGUGCUUGACAAAUUAUUGCACCGUCAGCCUUGCUGGGAAAGAAAGCAUAUAGGUUUAAUCAAAAAGGCAAAAUGGGGACUUUGAAUCUAGAACUAAAGAUAAAUUUCCUGAAGGUGCUCAUCAAUGGAACAGCUUGU